UAUAUUUAUGAAAAAAGAAAGGUAAAAGGUUUUGCAAGAAGAAAAAAUAAUUAAAAUAAUUAAAAUUAAACAAUACGACAUCAAAAUGCAAAUAGAAUUAGUAUGGCAUACAAGUGCGUUCUUAUUAAGAAAAUUCCAACAUAUAGUUUAUUGAUAUCAAAUUCUAUUGUAUAACAUAUAUAGCAUAUUAUUGUGUUUCCCAUUAUAGUAACAUUGUUUUAUUGAGAAUAUUGUAAGUUAUGAUGUAAGUGCGGCGGCGGCGGCGGCAUUGUAUAUAAUAUUCACAUUCAAGUUUGUUUUCUUAUUUUUGAGGGCUUUUGUAACAUCAACUAAAUCUAAAUAUAAUAUUUAGAUUAUUACUUAUUUCAACGUAAACGUAUACAUUCGACAAGAAAAUAAAGACAAAAUUGUAUUAACUCGAGUAUUUUAAUAAUGUGCUUUUUAUUGCAUACGCUCAGAAACGUUUACGAAUAAUUUAAAAAAAAAAAAAAAAAAUUAAAAAGAGAACAAAAUUGAUAAUAACGAUAUAUGUAAAAAUACUUUUUGAAAUGAUGAGAAACAAAGUAGAGCUUUGAUUCCUUGUAGCAAUGUUGCCUUAUAUUUAAAAAGACGAUUGUGCUGGUUGGAUCAAUCAAGAAGCGAAAAAAGUUGAUGUUUGUAUAGAAAAGCCUCUGGCUGAUCAACCAAAGUCUUCCGCUUGUUAUGUAUGUGUUUUCUAUUGAUAUACACAUUUUAAAUAAAUAUUAAUAAUCGAAUGACUAUAUAUUUCUUCUCCACAUUUAAGCAACUUCAUAUAUAACGAUUGAUGUGUGUGUGUGUGUGUGUGUGUGUGUGUUUGUGUUAAGAAUUUAUAUAUGGAUCCUGUUAAAUUACGUUUUUAUACUGAACGGUAUGAAAAAGAAAAUCGUACGUUGAAGAUACAAGAACAAUUUGUUCUUACAGCGCACAAUCUAAAAUCUUUGACUGGAAAGUUUUAUGCACGUCAUGAUGCUAUUUCUUCAUUUGAUAUUCCAAAAGAAUAUAUUGAAUUUAUUGAAAGACGUACAGCUCUAACACCAAAAAACAUUUAUACUUUUAGACCUCCUUCAACAAAUAUGGAAUAUGGAUGGUUUACGAAGCCAUUGAUACCUACAACGAAUGAUCCAAAAUUCAAUUUUGUUAGAAAAGGAUGUGAUUUUAUUAAGAAAGAGUUGUAUCAACGACAUCUUCAAAAAGGUCUACCGGUAACAAGAUUUACUGGUCUACCUUUCAAGACAUAAUACUUUUAUAUGCAUAUAACAUAU